AAGUUGCAACCCGCUAAUGCAGCCGUAAUUUGAGACAAUGUGUACAAAGUUUGGGAAUAAAGUCAGGUGAAAUGAUUGGUAUUAUCAGCAUAACAGGGAUCGAGGCUUCAAAAAGGUCGGAUUCCUAGGAUUCAAAAAAUGGAACUCAUGGAAUCGACAAAGUAUACCAGUCUCUCCUGUGAUGAGGAAGAUACUUCUUUCAGGUCGGCACUUAGACAGGAUAUUUCCGGAAUAAGAAGAUUCCCAUACCAGCCCUGGGUGUUUGCAAUACUUGUCUUAUCGAAUCUCUGCUUCGCCAAUCUCUGGCUGAGAGAAACUCAAUCUGAAAAAUGUGUACGUCCAAAACUAACGUAUUGUACGUCUCCUAAAACAGCAGAUUGAUAGCCACAAACUAACCAAAGAUAAAGCUCCAGCUAAGGAUUCAAUUCGAUAUGAGAAGCGUCGACUAACACGAAAUAUCACCUCCAAUGUAUAUACCGGUGAUCCACGCCCCGAGUUCGAUGAAGCUUGGAGAAAAUUGAUAGAGCGUGUGUCAACCUCUCAUCAAAUUUCGGAAAAAGACUAACGUAUGCGCAAAGCUAUAACAAUAAAGAUUUCCGAGCAAGAACUCGAAAUUCUGAACGAAACCUCAGUCGCCUUGAAAAGCGGUGGCUAUGUCGCAGAGACAGCUGUAUAUCACGAACUUCAUUGUGUAGUAUGUCCUCUCCUGUUCCCUAGAACCAUACCUAAAAGACUGACAAAGCAAAAGAAACGCAUUAGGCGGCACUUGCACCUGGACCAUUAUUACCCUCACAUGACAGAGGACGAGAAACGUAGAGAAGGACCGCAUAUCGGUAAGAGCUCCCCCCCAGGUCAUACCAGACUUCUAAUAAUGUCAGACCACUGUCUUGAGUAUUGGCGGGAAGCAGCAAUGUGUAGAGGAGAUACAUCUCUAGCGACCUUUCGCUGGGCAGAUGGAAAGCCAUACUCGACUGUUUACUCGGAUCAUGAGUGCGUUGAUUGGGAUAUGUUGGAUUCGUGGGCAAGAGGAAGAAUGGUAGACAUGUCAGAUUAUUCUAUCCUGGAUCUUGACAAGAGGUGA